AUGGCUUUUCAGCCGCAGCUACCUCAGAUGAAAUCCAUUUGGAUUGACGAGGAUCAAGAAGCUGAAAAAUUGUAUGGGACACACGCGCAUACUUUGCUAAAUUCUGAUGACGAGGAUCAGCUAGAUUUUAUUCUAAUUAACAGCAACAGACCUGUUUUGAGCAAUAAGAAAAAGAUAGAGUUACCACCUCUUCUUCCAGCUGCUUACAAGUCGAAAACUAAAAAUUCCGGGCUGAAACAGACCGCCAAUGUACAAGCUAAAAACUCUAAGAAAAAUGCAUUCCUAAAACUUUUCAAAUCGAAGGACUUCCGCAGCGAGUCCAGUGGCCCCAAAAUCUCGGUUCCCUUCGACUUUCAACAUAUUUCACACGCAGAUAUGAGGGUGACUUGCGAAGAGGCACCGCCGCAUGAUGCCUUACGAAAAGAGGAACCUGUUGUCACUUUGAACAAGGCUUUUGUUACUGAAAGUCUACCUGCGGCUGUUCCUAAUCAAGACAGAACGAAAUCUGUGGCUUCCAAGUAUGAUCUGGUACGUCGCUCUUUGUCGGUAUCGUCGUCACAGUACUCGAGCUCAAGUGGUCGCAUACUUUCAACUUCAACUAUGGCAACGCAAGUAGUAGAGGAACACAUAAAGGGUCCAAGAAGGUUGAGCGAGAAGCAAAAGGUUCAAUUGAGAGUCGGGCAAGGACAGGGCCAGUCACAGAGACAGGAAUACGAGAAUUCCGACAGAAACAGCGUCUCUGCUGAGUUUUUGAAAGAAUACCAGUUCCCCACGGUACUCGAGGAGUUUUCUUUGUUAAGUUUCAAGACGCCAGACAUCUCGACGCAGCAAGUCGAGCGCUUCACGUGGGAAACACCGGAAAACUAUCGUGGUGAAUCUGACGGACUUCAAAACGGCGCCUUUCCUAGCCCCAAAUUUACUCCACGCAGAGGAUCAGAUUCCCAAUUAUUAGCAUCUUCGUUGCAAAAAGCAUCUCCCAUUUUAGAUACGCCGCGUACUCGCAAAUCCCUAGAUGACAUCCUUUUAUGCUAUCAUCUUAACAGCCAGAACAGUGAGGCUGGAAGCAACUCGGUCAAGUGUGAAAACACAGAGCCUACUCCCACAAUAGACUGUCACGACGAGAAAUUGAUCUCGCCAGCAUGA